GAUUCGGAACGUGACGUAGCAGAGGACGCCAUUAGACUGGAUCAGCGGACACACAGAGGCGGAAAUAAUAUUUUCUCUACUUCUUUUUUGAUUCUCUCUCAGCAGGGGAGUUUAACUCCGUCACCCUUCCCCAAUUUACAAUUUUACACCACCCGAAUGUAGAUAUCUAAUGUAAGGCUCCAGGAGACGCGCGUUCGGUUUUACUUUCUUUGCUAAAGUUGAAGAAGGAGACCUCCUCCUCCUCUCCACCAUGGCGGCUCACAGUACUGCUCACAGAACAUACUCUUUCAAGGUGGUGUUGUUAGGGGAAGGCUGCGUGGGAAAGACCUCUCUGGUCCUCCGCUAUUGUGAAAACAAGUUCAACGACAAACACAUCACGACGCUCCAGGCUUCGUUUCUUACAAAGAAGCUGAACAUCACAGGAAAGAGAGUUAAUCUGGCCAUCUGGGACACAGCCGGACAGGAACGCUUCCACGCUCUCGGCCCCAUCUACUACAGAGACUCCAACGGAGCCAUUUUAGUCUACGACGUCACCGAUGAAGACUCCUUCCAGAAGGUCAAAAACUGGGUGAAAGAAUUAAGGAAAAUGCUGGGAAACGAUAUCUGUUUAUGUAUAGUAGGUAAUAAAAUUGAUCUGGAAAAAGAGAGACAUGUUUCAGUGGAAGAUGCUGAGGCGUACGCAGAGUCAGUCGGGGCGAAAAACUAUCACACAUCAGCUAAACUAAAUAAAGGAAUUGAAGAGCUGUUCCUUGACCUGUGUAAAAGAAUGAUGGAGACCGCACAGGUGGAGGAGAGAACUAAGGGGAAUGGGACGAGCCACACAAGCACAGGACGAAGAGGCGUUCAGAUCAUCGAUGAUGAACCACAAGCUGCUGCUGCAGCUGGAGGGUGCUGUUCAUCAGGCUAGGACUCCAACCCCCCCCCCCCCUUCCCCCCUCUCUCUCUUACACUAUCUCUGCUACUUGGGUGCAGCAGUGAUUUCUUUUUGCUGUUUAGUUCAAAAUUAAUACAGCAUCUAAUGGAUCUCAACAGUUACUUAUAAACUAUGAUUCUCUCUCUCUCUCUCUCUCUCUCUCUCUCUCUUUUUCUUUCUUUCUCUCAUACACGCGCUUUUUCUGAAUAUUUGAAACAUGCACUCAGAUCUGAUUUUCCAAGCUAUUUUUUUGUGUUGUUGAUGUUGCUGUUGUACAUGUCAGGUCGAUUCCCAUGAAAGUAUUUUCUUUUAGUUAGAAGCUUUGAGGAAGUUAGUACCCAUUAUUUAACUUAUACAUGCACACUGAAUCCUGAACUCCCCUGUACUUGUGGUAAUUAUUGAGCUUCCGUCUUUCUGUCCCUAGCCUAUUUUUUCCUCUCUGUCCCUGACCUCACUUCCUGAACUCAUGGCUAAUCAGACAUUUUAUUAAACUUGCUUUCUAGUUGUUUUUGGUCUUGUAUGUACAACAAAACAAAAUACACAUGUAUCAUAUUAAUAUUUUAUCUGCUUUUACAACUUUGUUGGGAACUCAUACAGCACUUGCAAAAGUAUUCAGUACUUCCACUACAAAAGGGCCCCCCCCAAAAGGGCAAUAAUUCAUUUUCUUCAGUUUCUUUGAGCAACAUCAGGAUUUGUUUUCUCUGAAAGCAAUGACGGUCGAUCUUUAAUGACUUCGGUUUAAACUUUUUGAGUGUUUUGGUCUAAACACCAUAAUCUGAUCAUAAUGUAAAUCAUAAGCAAAAAGUAACACUAUUCUAAUGUUGUAUUGUUUCUUUUUUUUUUUCUGAAUUGAUGCCAUUUGCCAAGGUUAUCCCGAACUAACAGAAACUUGGUUCCUUAUUUAUGUUGUAUAUUGAUCCCGAGAUGUGAGUAUUCCCUGAAAGUGAAUGGAAUUAUGUCGAAAGGAGAAAAGAUUUUUGAGUGGUCUGACAACACAAUGUGUUUAGUGUCGUGAGUUUGUGAGGGAUUUUUUUUUUUUUAUUUAAAUCUAGCCUUUAAAUCAUUUUUGGGGUCUGAACAUUUUUGCAAGCGGCUGUUGGUGUAGUGUAUAAUAAUGAAAUGAUUGUAAAGUGAAGAAUAACAGUUAUGGGUGAAAGCAAACUUUUGGAAGAUUAUUUUUUAUUUUACUGCUUCUGUCAUUGUUUUUGUAAUAGAACAAUUAUAAAAAAAAAAAAUCAG